CUCUCUCGCUCUCUCUCACUCUGAGCCGUUUCCAAAUUCCAAGACGCUGAUCUCAUGGUGGUCCUCCAACCUCUUCUCCAAAACCACGGCAGCGAAAUCAGCGACGGCCGCGACGGACUCCCCACCCCGCCGCAGCCUCUUCAAGGCCCCAAAGAGGCGCAUUACAGGGGAGUACGGAAGCGUCCCUGGGGCCGGUACGCGGCCGAGAUAAGGGACCCCUGGAAGAAAACCAGGAAGUGGCUCGGCACCUUCGACACCGCCGAGGACGCAGCCCUCGCCUACGACAACGCCGCCCGCAGCUUCCGCGGCGCCAAGGCCAAGACCAACUUCCACCACCACGCCGUCGCCGGGUUCCGUCCCCCGCAGCUCACGGCAGUUCCCUACGGCGGGCUGUGGAGCCACCUGCAGCAGUGGUGCGCCGCUUACGGCUGGGGCGAAGCGGGGUGUGAAUCGAAGUACGUCGUCGUUGAGAAUGGAGGAAAUGUAGAUGCGGGGGAAGAGAAGAAGAAGAAGAAGCCGUUGCCGUUUGAUCUGAAUUUGCCGCCUCCGCCGUUUCAGUGAUCGACGGCUGCGAUUUGUUGGAGGGUGUGCUGAUCUGAUUGUUGCGAUUCAGGGGAGUAAAAAGUUUCGUUUUCUUCCGUUUAAGCCCUCUGUUGUUCUACUUCUUUUGCAUUUGGGCUAUUGGGUCUGGUAAUUAAGCUUUAGAUUAAUGGCAUUCCUUUUUACAUGUAAAAGUGAGGGAAUUUUUAGAUAUAUCUGAUCUGAUUUUGAAAA